AAGAAAAUUGAUCAAUUGAGGUUUCUUGAAAAGAACCCAUCUAAUAUCUUCACAUUUCUCUGUAAUUCAUUAUGAUUUAACCAUCAAUUAAAAAUGAUGCAAACUUAUUUUAUUAGCGUACAACUACAGAUUGCCAUGUUAGCCAGCAAGAAAUAUUAAAAAAAUACAUAAGAAGAAAGCACAAAUUUUGGCAUCCUCCCUCUAUAUAAUAAAUUAGGGUGCCCCAAAGACUAAGUCUAAAUCUCGUAAACAACUUUUUCUGUUUUUACUUUCCUUACUUGAACAACUAAAGAAGUGUAAACAAUAUAAUGACGCUGGAUAUGACUAUGAAAGCAUGGUUAGCAGAAUUGGAAAUGGAAAUGGAUCCAAAUAAUCCUAGUUUAAUCGACGAACCUUAUCAAAAAAGUGAAACAAUGGAACCAACUUUUGAAGAACAACUCGCUGCUAUACUUGGUAGCGAUUUCCCUUAUCCUAUCUACACCACCAACGACGACACGGCCUCUCCUGAGGGAGCUUUUGAUACUAUUGAUCAAUGUAUAUCGACCCUUCAUACUAGUGAAAAUCACAACGAUAACAACAACAAUAAUAAAAAUGAUAGCGAUAACAUUGUAUGCUCUGAUGCUCGAAAGAGGCAACCAUCCAAAACUAAGAAAGAGACGAAGAAGCAAGCAAUGAGUGUUGGUUCAAAGAGAAAGCGACAGCCAGGCCAAGUCCAAGAUCAUAUUAUUGCCGAGAGGAAACGGCGGGAACUACUCAGCCACAUGAUGAUUUCACUCUCGGCCAUGAUUCCCGGCCUUAAGAAGAUCGAUAAAACAUCAGUCUUAGGCGCGGCAAUCAAACAUAUGAAGGAACUUCAAGAGAAAGUAAAGGUACUUGAAAGUGUAAUUGCAAAGAGGACAGUGGUAGUUGUCAACAAAUCUAAAUUGAAAGCCGACAACGACAGUAGUGAUGAUAAUGUUUCUUCGUCCACUGUGAAUGACUGUUCUGGUGGUUGCAAAGAUGGUGAUGGUGAUGGUGAUGGCAAUGGUAAUGGUAAUUGCAGUGGUAGUAGUGAUUCAAUACCGGAAAUUGAAGUAAAGGUGAUGGGGAAGGCACUUCUCUUAAGAAUCUUUUGUGAAAAACAGAAGGGUAUUUUCGUAAAGCUAUUUGUAGAGGCACAAAAGCAUGGUUUGUCCAUUACUAAUUUUAAUGUUGCCCCAUUAAGCGACAUAGCCCUAGACAUUACCAUUGUUGCACAGAUGGAAAGGGGCUAUGACAAGUAUGUAAGAGAUUUGGUUAAAAUUCUUCGCAACGCCUUUCAUUUAACUACCGACCAUUCAAAAUCGAACAAAAAUGAUUAAUUUUUAAUUGUUGAGCUUGUACGCUUUAAUUUAAAUUUGUUUUUUUUUUAUGUUAGUACUUGCUUUUGGAUUUUCAUUCCAUUUUAAGCUUAGGGAACAAUUAUAGUUUAAUCAUCAUAUGAAUAAUACAUAGUAGGCAACUAUAUGCACGCAAGAUAUGGCUGCAUACGCUCUGAUAUAUGAAACAUUUCCAUUUGUGUCAACUCAAAAUGUUUAACGAGAUUAUUGUAUCAUCCGAGCAUAACGACGUCUAUUAUUAUAAGAAAAUAGAAGUUGAUCGAUCUAUAUGAUUUGCAUAUGAAA